CAGAUGGUUGUAGACUUGUUGAGUUUAGUAGUUCGUGUCAUACGUUUGUACGGUAUUAUGAUGCGUUUUCUGUGUAACAUGUAAGUGAUUUGAUGGUGGAGACAGGAAAUCACGGAAAGACGCAUAUUGAGUGUGGCAUGGAUUAGGAGAGCACUCAUGGACUCCAAGGGAACUAGUUGGCUGAAAAAAGAGAAGAAUGAAGUAUAUGCUGAACCAGGCUCCUUCGUUCAGUUACACACAUCUACCAUGAAAUUAAAAGAAUUGGAUGAGAAAGUGAACCAACAGUUUCUUGAAGGUCCGCUAAAGAUUGUAAUGCCUAGUCUCCAUAUAAAGCAAGACCUAGAACUAAAACAGGAGGAUGGCAUUGAGCGUGAUUGUCUUGAAGAUAAUUUGGUAAUCUCUUGGCCAAAUGAUUUUAUCAAGGAGGAUCCUGAACUAAAUUUGGAGGUGGGUGGAACUGAGAAUACUGUGGCAGCCUCAAUAAGAAAUGCAUCUGAUAGUUUAAGUUUCAUUCAAAGUGCUGGUGACAGCUGUAACGUUUCGUAUCAAGAAGCAUUACAUCAAGGACUAGUCGAUGACGAUCAGAAGAUAGAUACAGAGAUGUCAACAGAUUUCAGUAUGUCUCAUAACUAUACCAAGUUACGGACUUCACAUGAAGACAGCUUAUGUGGCACUAGAUUAAGUUGUAGCAUCAGGGAAAAGGAAUUCCAUAAGUUUAACUGUAGUUUCUGCCUACAGAGCUUCCCUUCAAAAUACAGACUCAUAAUGCAUAUCUUCAUCCACAUGGAUGGUGUGCAGGCACCUGCAUAUGUGUGUAAGUCAUGUGGUGAGGUAUUGCCCACUGAUGACAGCUUGAAAGAACAUUUGAGAAUGAGUGAGGGUGACCAAGCAUUAUCAGCUGCCAACAGUGAGAAACUUGAAUGCAGUGAUUACCAUGAAAACAUCAUCUCCUUAGAAAGUGUACGAGAAGAAAUCGUGGAACAGACUGAGAAGCAAUCUUCAUCCAAGGAAACCACGAAAACUUUAAGGAAAUCCUUUAGUGACACAAGCAAUACACAUACUGUGACACAAGUUGCAGAGCAACUCAGAUGUGAUGACUAUGGAAUUUUGUGUACAAGUGAUCAUGUUAAUGUCCACACUGUGCUAAGUGCAAAGAGACGUCACAAAUGUGAUGUUUGUGGCAAAUUGUUUAAUCGUUCAAAUAGUCUCAAGGUACACGAAUUAAUACACACGGGAAAGAGACCCCACGAAUGCCAUGUUUGUGGAAAAUCGUUUACUCAGUCGAGCCAUCUCAAAAGACAUGAAUUAAUACAUACAGGAAAGAGACCCCAUGAAUGCGGUGUUUGUGGAAAAUCGUUUAUUCUUUCGGGCAGUCUGAAGGCUCACGAAUUAAUACACACGGGAAAGAGACCCCACGAAUGCCGUGUUUGUGGAAAAUCGUUUACUCAGUCGAGCAAUCUCAAAAGACAUGAAUUAAUACAUAAAGGAAAGAGACCCCAUGAAUGUGGUGUUUCUGGAAAAUCGUUUACUCAGUCGGGCCAUCUCAAGACCCAAAACGUAAUACACACAGGAAAGAGACCCCACGAGUGCGAUGUUUGUGGAAAAUCUUUUACUAAGUCGAGACAUCUCAAGAGCCAUGGAUUAAUACACACUGGUAAGAGAUCCUACAAAUGUACUGUUUGUGGAAAAUCGUUUAUUCGUUCGGGCAAUCUCAAGGUACACGAAUUAAUACACACAGGAACGAGACCCCAUGAAUGCGGUGUUUGUGGAAAAUCGUUCACUCUGUCGGGCCAUCUCAAGACCCACUUGUUAAUACAUAUAGGAAAGAGACCCCAUGAAUGCGGUGUUUGUGGAAAAUCGUUCACUCUGUUGGGCCAUCUCAAGACCCAUAUGUUAAUACACACAGGAAAGAGACCCCACGAAUGCGAAGUUUGUGGAAAAUCAUUUACUCAGUCGGGCCAUCUCAAGAGGCAUUUGUUGACACAUAUUGGAAAGAGACCCUACAAAUAUAGUGUUGCGUAAAUCGUUUCCUCAAUGGGGCAGUCUCAAGAAACACGAAUUAAUACACACUGAACAGGGACCACACAGUCAAUGUUGGUGGCAAAUCGUUUUCAGAACUGGGUCAUCUGAAAAUACACGCAGGAAUGAGCCCCUACAAAUAUGAUACUUGCGGCAAAUAUUUUUCUUACUCUGGUAAUCUCAAGGAAACAUUAGUACACACCGGUAAACGACCACACAAAUGUAGUAUUUUUGGCAAAUUGUAUAAAAACUCGAGUAACCUCAAGAAACAGCUAUCACUACACACUGAAAAGAAGGCUACACAGAUGUGAUAUUUGCUGGGAAUCUUUUAAUCCGGUCUAUCAUCUUUAGAAGCAUGCAAUAAUACACAUUACGUAGAGACCACUCAAAGUAUUGUUGAGGUCUGUAGACUUAAACAUGUUCAAAGGAGAGCACAAGUGCGUUAUGAAUAUUGUUCGCAUGUGCUACAGAAAGGUCACAAAAAAUACGACAAAUCCGUUUUCACAGCUUCAUGUUCAAAGAAGUUGCAUACUAAAUACAAUAUAUGAAGCACACAUUGCAAUUUUUUGUUAUAAAUGCUCCAUGCUAUAACGAUCUGUCUACCAGAAAUUGGUGCAUUGAGAGAUAUCUGUUACUUGUUUGAGUAGAAGUCCUAUGCAGUAAUCACGACUCCAUAUUCUUCAAGAAUUUACCAGUAUGUUGCUAAUUAUUUGAAAGAAACUGCCAUUUCAAUAUUCAUGAAGCUGUAGGCAGUACCCAGGCGACAGCAUAAAUGUGUUUAUUACACAUCCAUCACUCAGGCUAUUUUUCUCAACGAUGGAGAAAGAUACAAAAAUAUCAUGAUUAUGCAAACAUGUUACUGAGGUAUGCCUUCUUAAUAGUAAUGCUGUUUGUGUGAUCAAAAUUUGCACACAUGUGAACUAUCUGUGCUACUACUACAUUAGGAAAUAACUGAUGGUGGCAAGUAUGCAGAGAUCAGGCAAAAAUUGUAAUCAUCUGCCUAGUAGCACUUUCAGACUGCAAUACAACAGUGCUUCUGUAUGGUAUGGACUCAUUAGUACUCUGUUAGUUUUCCACUAGUAAAUUGGACUAUAUGUCUACACACACCUCACACAGUUCCCAUUUACUGCAGGCUAUCAGUUUGUUGCUGUGUAGUUGGUGUGCAAUAGCAUCCCAAAUUCGUUUCAUAAUGAUUUAAUGAGGUGGGAAAGACAACAGUGUGAGCUAUCAUGAUGCUCAAACCAUUACAGUGUGAUUCUGACCUUGUGAUUGUGACCAGGGAAUACAUCAACCAUUAAGUGAUACAGAGGUUGCAAUUAUGUUCGUGUUCUCCACAUCUGUCAUGGUGCUUCCAAUUAUGACCAGCUGUUUCUUGGCGUCUCAUAUGAAUAUCCCCUAUAGCAUGACAUUGCCCCCAACUUUCUGCACCUGUUGUGUUGUGCAUGUGUUGAACGACUGUUCAUCUGGGUGAUGGCACAUCAGGGCACAACCAUUGACCUGGUCCACAAGAAAUGUCACUUAUCCCAACACGUGACACAUCUUUAUUGGUAUGCAGUCCAAUCUCAAUUAUCCCAUUUGUAUUACUAUAGUAACUGACAAUGUUGUUAGAUCAACAUGGGAAUACAAAGCUGUUAUAUAACUUGGGGCCUCAUGUUCAACAGUGUCUGCUGAAUAGCUUGAAACUCAUGUGCCUGCUCAAGCAUUUUCUCCUGUCUCCACAGAUUGCCAUCAAUCCCAUUUUACAGAGCAGCUAGGUUCUGAUCUCCUUGUUCUAGGUAAUGCAUGGUAAUCCUACAACCUUUUGUCAACUUGUGGAUAUACCAUCUUUCAAAGAUGUUCCAUAGAGGCUAAUGAUAGAAGCAUCUGAGCAGCCAACCAGAUUCACUGUUUUUAGCUGCACUUACCCAGGCACCAGGCAAAACCAUCUGCUCUUUGGCAAAGUUAUUUAUGCCAGUUUUUUACACAUACUGUAACUAGAAUGAUCACCCAUUCAUUGCUGGUUAUAUAGUUUCGUUACUACUUGACAUAACAAAAAUGCCACUGGGUAGCACACACUCCUCCUAGGGAAGUGGGUAUAAUGAUUUGGAUCAACAGUGUAUCUUGACACAAAAGGAUCUUUUGGUAAAUUAUGUAGUAAUUCAAAUUUUCAUGUUUCAUUAAAUUUUAUGCCAAUAUACUAUUGUCAGUUUAAGUGCCAUAUUUCUUGUGAAAAAUAUUUGUAUUAAAAAUCCCUGUACAUAAUUCUGAUUAAAUGAUGAUUAAUUCUAUGCAUCAAAUCUUUUAAUUAUUUGUCUGUUUUUAAAUAUCAUGUAACUACUGUACAAACAUCAGUGGGAAAACUGUCAUGAUGUAGUGUCAGAUUAUAAUUCCAAUUGUUUGUAUAAACAUGAGGACAGUUAUAAGAGCUCAGUGUGAUUACUAGAAUAUGAAUUUAAUCCAAAUGCAUAAUUUUUGUUGUAAUAAGUUAAUUUAUUAAAUUUGCUUUCUUUCUAA